UCCGGCCAAGGCAUUGGCCUACAAGCCAACAGUACAUUAAUGAUCUAUGCAUUAAUGUGGCUCUCGUUGGCCAUGACAAUGGAGGCCAUAGAUGCCCCAUUGCCGCUGUCCCUGGCGGAGUUCCCGAUUCUGCCGCUGGAACAUGGCGGCAGCAAACACCAUUACCAGGAAACUGGUGUGGAAUCGUUGCCGGGAUUAACAGGAUAUACGCGAAAUUAUUAUCACCCCUCUGACACUGCAACGGCCGAUGACUUGGCAACAUAUGGAAAUUAUGCUCACAACCUCCUGGCCACCCACCACAAUCCACAUCCACAUCCACUACAUUCUCAUGCCAGUGUCUCCUCCCUUGGCACCACGGCCAAUGGCUUUGUGCCCUUCUACUACAACAGCAAACUGCACUCGCAAUUCAGCGAGGAUGAGGAGCCGCGUCGCGACCCAUCGGCCAAUAUCGAUUUUGUCAUUAAUACGGCAAAUUAUGAGCCAAAUUCCGCUGGCUAUGAGGAGGAGCUACAUCACAGGGAGCCCUUCGACAGCUAUGCAUAUCGGCCCCGGGUGCAGUUUCCCACGUCGCCACCCAGUCAUUACCAUUUCGAACAAAUUUCCAAUUAUCGGGAGAACCGGCAGCACCAGCAGCAACACCAUCAGGAGGAGCAGGAGCAUGAGGAUAAUUCCAGUGUCUAUGGACGGCUCAAAGAGCUGCAAACAUUGGCUAAACCAGUGAAGCGUCAGCAGGAGGACUCCCUAUCGAAUCACCAACAACAAAAUCAGGAUCUGCCAGGAAGACACCAGCUACUAGAACAGCGACAACAUCAGCAAAUCGAAGGAAGACAACUGCAACACCAACAGCAACAUUUCCAGCAGCAUUUGCAACAGAAGCAUUUACAUCCUCAGGAUCAGCGGCAACAACAGCGCUUGGGUGUUUCCCAGGAUCAGCAGCUUUUGUACUCCCACAAGGAUACCCAAAUUGCAGAUCUGCCGGCCAUAACCACCAGUGUUCGCCAUACCCCAGAGAGUAGUAAAGCUGUAGCUGGAGUGCCUCUAUCCAAGCACAUCGAGAUCACCAAGAAUGUUCCCGUCACCCACUACCAGAAGCAACAUGUUCCCUAUAAGCAAACUGUCCAGAUGCAAGUUCCUCGCACUGUGAUCGCUGCCAUACCCAAACCCAUGCCCAUCAAAAUCCCAGUGGCCAAAACAGUGGCAGUUCCUCAACUGCAGGAGGUUAAGAUCCCAAUAGAGCGGGUGAAACCUGUGCCCGUAGAGCGACCCAUUCCGUUUGUGGUGGAACGAAGGGUACCAUACAGAGUGGAGAAGCCAGUGGUCUCGCCAGUUUAUUAUCCGUAUCCGGUUAAAGUGCCAGUGGUGCGCACGGUGGUGCACAAGCAGCGACCCCAAUAUGUGGCACCCGGUUGGAGUGCCACCGGCAAUCAUCUGCUGGGCUAG